AUGCGUCAAAGGCAAUGGCUUGAAUUAAUCAAAGAUUAUGAUUUGCAGAUCCACUAUCAUUUGGGAAAAGCCAAUACUGUGGCAGAUGCACUUAGUAAAAAGAAUGUGGGGAAUCUUGCUUGUUUACUCACAGAUCAGAAAGUGUUGCUACUAGAGUUUGAAAAACACAAAAUUAAGGUGGUGUGUUUUGAACAAGAUAGCUUGAUAGCCGCAAUGUCUGUACAGCCUACCAUUAUCGAAGAUAUCCAACAAAAGCAAAUGACUGAUGAGCUUUUGAAAAAGAUUUGUGAUGAACUUGACAUUAAGCCUAAACUAAGAUUCACAAUUGCAAAUUCUGUGUUGAAAUUUCAAAAGAGAUUGUGUAUCCCAAAUGAUGCGGAUUUGAAAAGGAAAAUUUUAGAGGAAGCCCACAAGUCAGAGUUUGCUAUGCACCCAGGAAACACCAAAAUGUACCAAGAUUUGAAGUUAGUGUAUUGGCGGCCCAACAUGAAAAGAGAAAUUGCUGAUUUUAACUCUAAAUGCUUGCAAUACCAGCAGGUGAAAGUGGAGCAUCAGAAACCAAUGUGUUUGCUUCAAUCUCUCCCUAUCCCAGAAUGA